UGUCCAUUGGCUGGCAUGCGCUCUGUCCCCCCCCUGCCGCAAGAGCGUCAUUCCGACCGUUGGAAGCGGCCUUAUGGAAGGAAACUGCGUCUCGCUGACCAGGAUACUACGUUCGGCCAAAUUAAGUUUAAUUCAGUUUUUUAGCAAAAUGAAAAAGUGGAUGGACAUGUCAAAUCUACCACAGGAGUUCCGAGAGCGAGUAGAGAGGCUGGAGAGAAAUUUUGAAGUGUCAACUGUGAUUUUCAAAAAGUUUGAACCAAUAUUUUUGGAUGUAUUUCAAAACCCUUACGAAGAAACUUCUAAACCACAACGAAGCAGGAAACAGAGACGGGUACCGUGCAGCGUUAAAGAUCUCUUCAACUUCUGCUGGACUCUCUUUGUAUAUACUAAGGGUAAUUUCCGUAUGAUUGGAGAUGAUUUAGUAAAUUCCUAUCAUUUACUUCUGUGCUGCUUGGACCUGAUUUUUGCAAAUGCCCUUUUGUGUCCAAAUAGAAGAGAUUUGCUAAAUCCAUCGUUUAAAGCUGUUUUUGCCUCCCCCCUCCCCCGAUCUUCCUCCUCCUUGUUUUCAGGCUUACCUGUGGACUUCCAUGCAACAGAGAUCAAAGCCUCAGAAGAGCCUCCUUGCAUCAUUGCCACCCUAUGUGAGCUACAUGAUGGGCUUUUAGUAGAAGCAAAAGGAAUAAAGGAACACUACUUUAAACCAUACAUUUCAAAACUAUUUGAAAGGAAGAUCUUAAAAGGAGAAUGUCUACUGGAUCUAUGCAAUUUUGCAGAAAAUAACAAAGCAUUGAAUAAAGAAUAUGAAGAAUAUGUUCUAACAGUGGGUGACUUUGAUGAGAGGGUUUUCCUAGGAGCAGACGCUGAAGAAGAAAUUGGCACUCCUCGGAAGUUUCCUGCUGAUAUGCCAGUAGGGAAACCAGCAGCAAGAGCUCAUGUAGAGUGUCAUCUUCAGCAGCAUUUUGAAAAGAAAAGGUCAUUUGCACCUUCAACUCCACUGACUGGAAGAAGAUACCUGAGAGAAAAGGAAGCUGUCAUCACUCCUGUUGCUUCAGCAACACAAAGUGUGAGCCGGUUGCAGAAUAUUGUGGCUGGAUUGAAAAAUGCACCAAGUGAACAACUUACAGCUAUUUUUGAAUCUUGUGCACGGAGCCCUAUGGAAAGCAUCAUGAACAGAGUGAAAGAAAUAGGUGAAACUUUCUGUCGGAGCUACACUCAGUCAACAGAUGAACAACCAGGAUCUCAUAUAGAUUUUGCUGUAAACAGAUUAAAACUGGCAGAGAUCUUGUACUUUAAAAUCUUGGAGACUAUAAUGGUACAAGAAACACGAAGACUGCAUGGGAAGGACAUGACUGCUCUCUUGGAACAAGAUGUCUUUCACCGUUCCCUGAUGGCAUGCUGCCUGGAGAUUGUGCUUUUUGCCUAUAGCUCACCUCGGACCUUUCCCUGGAUCAUUGAAGUUCUUGACCUCAGGCCUUUCUAUUUUUAUAAGGUAAUUGAAGUACUGAUUCGGUCUGAGGAAGGUCUUUCCAGAGACAUGGUGAAACAUCUCAACAGCAUUGAGGAACAAAUUCUUGAGAGUCUAGCCUGGACUCGAGAGUCAGCGCUCUGGAAUGCUCUCCAGGCUUCAGAAAACAAGGUCCCAACCUGUGAAGAAGUAAUAUUUCCCAGUAAUUUUGAAGCAAGCAAUGGAGGAAGUGGGCUUGGGCAUUUGCCUAUGAUGCCAAUAUCUCCUAUAGUUCAUCCUCGAGUAAAAGAGGUUCGGACGGAUCUUGGUGGGAGUUUAAGACGGGACAUGCAACCAUUGUCACCCAUCUCUGUUCAUGAGCGCUAUAGUUCUCCUACAGCUGGAAGUGCUAAGAGAAGGCUCUUUGGAGAUGACAACCCAAAAGAAAUGCAGAUGGAGAAGAUUUUGACUGAAGGAACUAAGCUCACAAUUGCUCCAGCUUCAAGCAUUGUUGCUGAAAAUGUCUCAGUUUCUCCUGGGCAAACAGUACUGACCAUGACAACAGCUACAAUAGCAGGGAAAACGGGACAGAAAGUUACCAUCCCACUGCAUGGUAUUGCAAAUGAGAUGGGUGGGAUCACAUUGAUACCCAUUUCAAUGAAUUUAGGUCAGCCGUCUAAAAUGGAGGCUCAGGCUCCCAGCCAGCCUCAGGUGAAUCAAGUGCAAGAAGUACAUCUGUCAUCAGGAAGCAAACCAAAGAAAACAGGAUCCUUGGCACUGUUUUACAGAAAGGUGUAUCAUUUGGCAAGCGUGCGCUUACGUGAUCUGUGCUUAAAACUGGAUGUUUCCAAUGACUUGCGCAGGAAGAUAUGGACUUGUUUUGAAUUCACACUGGUUCAUUGCGCUGAUCUAAUGAAGGACAGACACUUGGAUCAGCUUCUUCUCUGUGCUUUUUACAUCAUGGCAAAGGUAACUAAAGAGGAAAGAACUUUUCAGGACAUAAUGAAAAGUUACAGAAAUCAGCCACAAGCAAACAGCCACGUUUAUAGGAGUGUCUUAUUGAGAAAUAUUUCUGCAGAUGUCCCAUCGGACAAAAAUGCAGACCAAGAUGUAGAGAUGACAGUUGCAAGAUCUGCAACAGAGAACUCCAGUGAGUCAGGAGCAGAGGAGAGAGGUGACCUUAUCAAAUUUUACAAUGCAGUCUAUGUAGGAAGAGUAAAGUCUUUUGCACUGAAGUACGAUAUCACAAACCAGGAUCAUGUACUUCUAUGCAAACUUGGCCUCUUUCAGAUGGAAGCCCCUCCCUUGUCUCCAUUCCCGAACAUUAAGCAACAACCGGUAUCUCCUCGGCGGAUAUCUCAACAGCACUCUGUUUAUGUUUCGCCUCACAAGAAUGGUGCCUGCUUGACACCUCGAACUGCUCUACUGUAUAAAUUUAAUGGGAGCCCUUCUAAGAGUUUGAAGGACAUCAACAAUAUGAUAAAACAAGGUGAACAAAGAAGUAAGAAACGAGCAAUAACAAUUGAUAGUGACACUGAAUCCCCUACAAAACGACUCUGCCAGGAAAAUGAUGACGUUCUACUUAAGCGUCUCCAGGAUGUUGUCAGUGAAAGAGCAAAUCAUUAAGACUGCCAGUUUUCUGUGGGAUCUAAAAGCUAUGGAGUUCAAUACAACUCUCAUGCUGUUUAUUUCUUGCUUUUCAGCCAUGUUGUAUGCAGACAGCUGCCAAAUUUUUUUUAAACAUUGAACUGUUGCCUGACUUGCACAGGAUGCAAAAAGAAAAGGUGAAGCAGUAACUGGCAGAGAAUAAGUAUGAUCUUUAUUUUUGUUCCCAAAGAACAUACUGUGUUAGAAGUUACUCUGUUUGAGCUGUUUUAGCAAAAGACUGAUCUGUAGAAAGCUGUGUUCGAUGUUCUCUAGCCUAAUUUAGAGCAUCUGAGUUCUGAGUGUGACUCAGCUUCUAAUAAACAGUGGUUUUAUUUUUGGAAUAAGGAUGUUCAGGAAAUAAGCGAAAUCAGUUAAUUUUCUCAAGCUUUUGGGAUUUGUUUGGGGAAGAAACUUUAAAAGUGCCUUAUUUUAAAAGAGCGUGAAAUUCUAUGCAUUAUUUUAAUGUGAAGUAAAUGGAGUGGAGAACAAACUGAUCAUUUAACCUCAGUAGGGGGUUUAAACAGCUUUGAACUGUAUGACUUCAUGUGCUGAGCUCCAUCUCCUCUCAGAACUUCAGCAAAAGUGAACGUUAUGGCGUGGAUCAGACAGCUUUUACGUUAAGGCAGAAACCGCAAAGUAUGAACAGCAGCGGUGUAAAUGGGACACUGAUAAAGCCCUGAGAUAUGUUUCAGUUAGUCCGAAUUAUCUUUCUUCAGAGACAGUGGAUGCUGCCAUGGGAGCUGCUGCUUUCCGGUUGGAAACUUGAUUGCAGUUCUGCUGUAUAAGCUGUUCAUACAUAUUUUGUCUUAACUGUGGAAAAAGUACUGGGCGGUUACAGUUCAAAGCAAUUUGGGCUUUGGCCAGCUUACAGCAGUUUUAAUGUGCAAAUUCAUUUAACAAACUGUAUCUCUUAAUUUUAUUUUCUCCUGAAGACUCUAGUCUCUUGUUGUGUAGUAUCUACACUGAAUGUAAGCCCAAUCAGAUAAGGCAUGUUUGUAUAUAUGAUUUCUAUAGGUAUUAAAGGUGUGGAUUCAUUGGAAAUGUACAAAUUCCAACAUCUAAUUCCAAGUUGUUAUUGCUAAGGUAUUUGAUAGGGUUUAUUUUACCAAAAUGGAGAAAAGUCAAGGUUUGUUCAUUACUGUAUAUCAGUAGUUUGAUCUUAUAUCAUAACUGCAUUUAUGAUUAGAGCCAUACAGAAACUUCUCAGCACUGUAUUUUUCAAUUCUAUAUGUGUGUAUUAAAAAAAAAAAAAUUUUUAACAAUUACAUAGGACUUGUGUAAAGAGCUCUAUUCACUUUAUUGUUUGGUUUGUUUAAUACAUGCCACAAGAUCUGCUGUGCCUCUGUUCAUGAGAAGAUACUUUUAUGAUCUCAGAUAAUCUCAGCUAAUGAAUCUGGCCAGCAACGAUGUAGGAAAAAUGUAUUUAAAAGUGUACGUGUGCAAGGACUCUAAAACUUAGCAGUGAAUAGGAAGUUUACAAAUGCUAUAAUUCAUUUUUGAAUUAUUAAUUAUUUACUCUUUCAUUUUGGUAGAUUUGGAAAAAGGUGCUUAUCUCUUUGAUCACCAGGAGCUGCAGUAUGAGGCAGUGGCUAUGCAAUACCCUAGGUUUAAUGCAGGUUAUUCUGUUGAGUUCCUUUAUUCAUUUUGAACAUUUGGCUCCAGAUCUUGAGAUAAAAAGCACAAGGGAAGCAACCUUUUCAUCCUCAUUUGUUCACCAAUGCUGUUAUACAUUGAAUGGUUAUAGUCAUAAUUCAGUCCUGAAAAACCUCCUGUGGGGAGGAAACGGGGAGUCUUGAUUUCGCCUUAUGCAUUCUGUUUUAUUUGCGUGGAGGGCUGCAUGCUUUCUGGAUGAUGUGGUUAACAUCAGCCUUAACAUAAGCAUAAGUCUCUCAGCAGUAUUGUAUCAUGAGAACUUAGUCGAUUUGGUUUUAUUUUAACAUCGUGUGCAGAUCUUUUUUCUUCCUGCUCACCACACUGUUCUAGUAUUCCCUGAAAUUGUGGAAAAAUGAUGGUAAAAUUCUUAUUAGUUGUCAUUAGGCAUAUUGUUUUUUCAUUAGAAAAAUUAAUGUACAACAACUGAGUGCAGUUCAGGUUUUUUCAUAAUAGAUUUGGCCCUUUUUAGGUGCUAAUAGAAAGAAGCAUUUUUUGGACUUGUUAAACAACUGAAAUAACUAUAAGCUUAUGUGACAAUUUUAUAACGGUUUAAAAGUG